AUGGCCCAUUGCUUAAAUUUUAUUUUUUCAGGGUUUCCUAAACCAAAUACCAAAAAUAGAAAAAAACUGCAGAGCCCGUUGAACUCCAAUCGAAGCGGCGCCCACCAUGGCUACUCAAAUGAGCAAAAAGCGAAAGUUUGUGACGGAGUGUUCUUUGCGGAGCUGAACGAGGUGUUGACCAGAGAGCUCGCAGAAGAUGGGUACUCUGGCGUUGAAGUUAGGGUUACGCCAGUGCGGACCGAGAUCAUUAUUAGAGCCACCCGGACUCAAAACGUCCUCGGUGAGAAGGGAAGAAGAAUUAGAGAACUGACAUCUGUUGUUCAGAAGCGUUUUAAGUUUCCGGAGAACAGUGUUGAGCUUUAUGCAGAGAAAGUCAACAACCGAGGGCUUUGUGCCAUUGCUCAAGCAGAGUCUUUGCGUUACAAACUUCUAGGAGGGCUUGCUGUUCGGAGGGCAUGCUAUGGUGUUCUUAGAUUUGUCAUGGAGAGUGGAGCAAAGGGAUGUGAGGUCAUUGUCAGUGGUAAACUCAGGGCUCAGCGUGCCAAGUCUAUGAAGUUCAAGGACGGAUACAUGAUAUCCUCUGGCCAGCCUGUUAAUGAAUACAUUGACUCUGCUGUGCGCCAUGUGCUUCUUAGACAGGGUGUUGGGAUUAAGGUCAAAAUCAUGCUUGAUUGGGAUCCCAAGGGUAAGCAAGGCCCCACAACACCCCUACCGGAUCUGGUCACCAUCCACCAACCCAAAGAGGAAGGGGACUACAUCAGGCCCCCAGUUGUGGCAGCAGCUGAAAUACCAGUCCUUGCUGCUUAGAAUUCUUCGUUCGUGCAAUUGGAGCAUUAGGUUUGGCACUGUUAGGGUCCAGAGUCCAAAAUAUUAUCAGAUACCCCUUCGACUUAGUACCCCUAUUAGAAUAUGGGAUUUUGUCUUUCUGUGUUGCUAUCUGUUUAGAUGGAUAGGAUUUUCAUUUUCACAAAAUGAAAUUGAAAGUCAAAAGGAAUUUAUUUGCUUUUUGUUCCUCAUGCUACCCCCUUGAUAUGAACUUGUCCACCGGAAUUGGGGUUUUGGAAUCUUCAUCUUAUGGGACUCAACUGAAGUAGGGCAAAAUGCCUUGGAUUCUAAACAUAUCAUUUCCCAUUCUUGUAGAAUUCUAUGGUGAGGUGCCCUAUUUCUUAAUUGUUGGAUCAAAUUGGUUAGUUGUUGGAUCAAAUCGGUUAGU